AUGAAAUUUCCUGUUUGUGAAAAGCCCAUAAAUAUAUUUUUCUUUCUCCCUGGAGACAUCUUUAAGAGACACGAGUCUGAAAGUCGUGCAAUUUUGCCACAACUAAAUAAAGAGUAUGACAAACAAAUAAAAAGAGUUAAUAAAGACAUCAUCAAUGUUAGAGUGGGUGUAAUAAAUCCAAUAACUUAUCGAGCAUUACGACCUACAAACACUUCAAUAGCUGCUUUUAUGUUGACGAUGUUACUUGUUAGCUGGUUAGUGUUGAUGUCCUUAAGUAGCUAAUUUUUAUCAUUUAAAAAUGAUUAUGAUGAUAGAUUACUAUAGUAGCAUAAAAUUGAUGUUUUUGAAUAUUUUUAAAUUAAAGAUAACUGACGAAGAUUUUUUUUAGUUUUAAAAAUCUCGAUUUAUUGCCUAUUAGAGAGUAUGCUUCUACAUAUCAUAUUAUGGGAAUAUCAGGUAUUAAUCUAGCGAUUUUAAACCUAUCUGAUCAGUGACAAAAUCUGAUGUAUUAGUGAAUGAUGUGACUUGCGAAAAUGAUGUAAUGCAAUGUAAGGAAAAUUCUGAAAAACCUUACUACUACUUGCAUACUAAAAAUUAACAUUAAACAAACUUAAACCUAAUUCUAAACCUAAACUAAGCUAAAAAAAAACCAAUUAAAAUAUA